UUUUUUUUUGUGAUAUGCUAAAAAAGUUUUUGACUACUUGGACUAAUCGACAACAACAACAAUUAUACCAACGUUGCUUUCAUACCCAUUCUUUUUUAAAUCAACGAUAUCAUAAACAACAUCAUUAUGAUAUUCUUCAAGUUCAUCGCCAAUCUGACAAGAAGACCAUCAAAGCACAAUAUUAUCGAUUGUCGAAACGAUACCAUCCAGAUCUCAAUCCAACAGAUAAAGAAGCUCAUGCCAAAUUUCUUCAAGUGAAUGAUGCUUAUGCUGUAUUAGGGAAUGAAGCCAGUCGACGACAAUAUGAUGCAGAGCUCGAUCGCACCCAUCCGUCCUCAUCGUCAUUUUCUAGUAGUGUCAACCAGGCUUCAUCUGUAUAUUAUGGUGCUUCUCGACCUGGUUAUUCUGGUCCCUCAGUAGCAUGGCGAGCAAAAAGAAAACAAGCCAAGAACACAGGAUCGGCAAGUGCCCGUGCACAGGCGGAAUAUGAUCAUCGUCGUCAAUCACCACACUUCAAUCAUCAUGAACACUAUGCAAAACACUAUCAAGCAGAAGAACUACGCCGGCGGGAACGGGUAAUGAAUGCAGCCAAAAGAAGAAAGGACGCGGGAAUAUUUGAUAAUGAUGAUGAGGGUGGCGAUUCUAAACAAACAAAUGAUCGACGGCUUACUGUUUGGUCAAGGCUAUGGCGAUUAGGGGUACUUUUGAUGGGUAUCUCAUAUGUGACUAGGCAAUUAUUGGAUUAUGAUGAAGAUCAAAAAAAGAAACCGAAGAAGAAUGGAUUUUUGGUUGAUUAGAGGCAAUAUAAAUUAGAUUAGCAUAUCUUUAUAUAAAGAUAUUUGUAUUUAAUUGUAUUGUCAGUAAACGAAUUUGUACAGAUACACACAUUAUUCUUACUUGUCAUAAUAUCAUCAUAGAAAUUAUAUUCGUUGGGCAUUAUUAUUAUCAUGAAAAAAAAAAAUAAAUAAUCAUCAAUAAUAUCAAUCAUUCCUUUAUUUU